CUUGGGGUCAGGAAGCCUUUGAUAAAGCAAAGACAGAAAAUAAGCUGAUAUUCCUGUCAGUUGGCUACUCCACCUGCCACUGGUGCCAUGUCAUGGAGGAGGAGUCCUUCAAGAGCAAGGAGAUCGGGGAGAUCAUGAACAAGCACUUUGUGUGCAUCAAAGUGGAUCGUGAGGAGCGGCCAGAUGUGGACAAAGUGUACAUGACCUUUGUGCAGGCCACCAGUGGUGGAGGUGGUUGGCCCAUGAGUGUCUGGCUGACCCCAGACCUCAAGCCCUUUGCUGGGGGGACGUAUUUCCCUCCUGAGGAUGGAGUUCAUCGUGUUGGUUUUCGGACUGUGCUGCUGCGGAUCGCAGAGCAG